AUGGACAGCAAGCAUCACAAGAAGCUCAACGCCGACUCGCCGGAGCCGGCCAUGUCCGGAGAUGACAGCACGGCCGCUACGUCCUCCACGCAUGCCGGAAGGUACUACGAGUGUAUCUUCUGCCGGAGAGGAUUCUCGACCGCGCAGGCGCUCGGCGGCCACAUGAACAUACACCGGAGAGAGCGGCCGAGGAUUCGGCCGGCAACCGCUCUGCCGCCGCUGAGAAGAGAGGAGGGCUACCAUCCUUACUUGAGAGAUCAGCAAUGGCAUCCUCCGACUCCGGCGGCCGAGAAUUACGUCGUGUAUUUCCCGGGACCGUCUUCUUCGAUGGAGUUGGAUAGCCCGAAAGAGCGGCCGGCGGCGGAGGAGAGGGAGGUGGAAAUGGAGGAUCUGGAUUUGGAGCUUCGGCUUGGUCAUGGUGGAAGACAUGAGGAACCAUGA